AUGGUUGAGGAGGAGGAUUCCAAGCGGUUCGACUCCGUGAACGGCGAGAACGAGGACAGCCAACCAGACCCGGACGAGCCCCUCAUGAUGGAUGCAGGGAAUGGGCGAGUGUGGCUCGUGAAGAUCCCCAGACACCUCAUGGAGCGCUGGUCCGCAAUCGACGAAGAGGGCGUCCCCCUCGCUACCAUCCGUGUCUACCACAACGCCGAAACCGCGACGGGCAAAAAGCCGCGCAUCAUGCUCCUCCUGCCCCCGAAUCCCGAGACGGGCGCCGAGGCCGAGGAGUACGAGAUGGACAUGGUCAACGACGACGUCGAGAAUCAGAUCGUCGUCGCAGAGCGCGAGAAGGAGCCCGGCACGCAGUCGCGCGCGCGCACGACGAUCCUCACCGGCCGCGUCAAGCACGAGUGCAACCUCCGACCGAUCCUGACGGACCGCUACAGGCAGCGGCUCAAGAUGCGCAACCUGAGCGCGAACCAGCCCACGAGGCGGAUACGCAUGAUCGAGGACGCGGUCCCCGGCGGGCGCGGGAACAUCAAUAUGCUCACGAGCGGCGCGGCGCAACACUCGCCUUUCAGCCUCGUCCGUCCGAAAGCAAAACCUGCGAAGGGCCAGUUCGAGCGGAUGGCCCGUAUGCCGCGCGACCAGCUGCUCGACGAGCUCUUCAAGGCGUUCCAAGAGCGCGAGCGGUGGUCUAUCAAGGCUUUGCGCGAGCGCACCCAACAGCCCGAGGCGUACCUCAAGGAGGUGCUCAGCGAGAUCGCCUUCCUUCACAGGAGUGGAGAGUUCAAUGGCAGUUGGGAGCUCAUGGCGAACUACAAGGGGGAAGGGAUGAAGGCGGAGGAUGUUCCCGGACCAAGCGGCGUCAAGGUCGAGGACAUCAAGAUGGAGGGCGAAGACGAAGAAGAUGACGACGACGACGAGGAUGAUGACGACAUGGAAGAGGUCUCAUGA